GUUCGAUCUUCGCACAAUUAAACUGACUUUCAGUUUCACUGUGGUCUGUCGAAUUUCUAUUUUGUAAAUGUUGAAAUGGACCUGGAACGUAUACGAUGUAAUCAGGGAGUCGUAUAAGUACCUGAAUAUUUAUGUAAAAUGCAAAAAACUGCUGAGGAAGAGCGUUCAAAUUGAUAAAGCUUUAUCAAAACCAAAGGAUGGAGGAGUUCCAUACAAGACACCGGGUAUUUAUACGUUUAAACAGAAAAGAAAAGUGAUUUACCUUGGCAUGUCAUCAAAGGAUAUACGAACCCGACUUCAGGCACACCUAAACAACAAUGAUCAGCAAGAAGUGGGUUUAUAUCUUCAGAAGUGGCACUUUAAUGCCAUCACUGUGUCCUGGGUGAAGGAAACGAAGGCUGAAGUAAAGGAGAGACAAUACCUAGAGAUAAUUACUAAUCUACAAAACAGUGUUCCAUACCUCAAUAAGACUGCUGGGAAUUCAAGGAAAGCCACAAAAAAAUACUCUUCUUGGAGAAUUCUUAGGUGAUUUCUAUUCUGCAAUGUACAUCUUAAAAGGGUGAUAUACUUUGCUGAACCCAGGGGCACAUGCCAAGCCAUUAAUUUGAUCUAAACUCUGUUGUACAAAUGUGAAAAAAUUGAUGCCCUAACCAUAUCACAACAUGCUAGAUCAUGACUUUGAUCAAGUUUUUAGCUUUGGGGUCAUGGUCAAAACAUGUUCUGGAUCAAUCUGGAUAAAACAAUAAAUUACUAGUAUUAUUAAAGACUUUUCUUAUACGUAAAGUUGGUGAUUUU